CUCUGUUCUCCAAGCACUCUACUUCUGUGGCCCCUUCCGCGAACUCCUCGAGCAGUACCCCGAUCCCUCCGCGCCUGAACUCCCGCUCUUGCCGCCACACCCCCGCCCGCGCCCCUCUCGCCCGCCGCCCAGCCACAACCACCACCACCAAAUGCCCGCCGACGACCGGAUCGGAAGUACUCCGUCUCCUCGACUGCCUCCCCCCAGCCGGGCUCCUCGCUCACCACGUCGCCCGCGAAUGCGUCUGGCGCGUACAUGAUCCCGUCACACCCGCCGACGCUGCUGUCCGCGCUCCGAUCGCUAUUCGUGCACAUCAGCAAGCACCCCGCGGAGCGUGGCACGGUCGCGCCGCGGGCGUUCAUCGACAAGCUGAAGGAGCUCAAUGAGGUCUUCCGCGGGUCGAUGCACCAGGACGCGCAUGAGUUCCUCAACUUCUUGCUGAAUAAGAUCGUGGAGGAGAUGGAGGACGACAGGCGGAAUGGAACGGGCGUGUGGCAGGUGAACGGGUACGGGAACGGGAAUGGAGAGAAGGCGGCGGGGAAUGGGGUGGCGAAUGGGAGUGCGGCGGGGAGCACGUUGAACGGGGAAGAUCUGUCUUCGUCCAUCGCGACGCUAUCCACCACCGCGGCCGGACCGUCGUCCACCGCCUCCAAGACGUCGCAGCCGUCCACGUCACAUUUCCAGGCGACACUCGUGCACCGGCUGUUCGAGGGCGUGCUCACAUCCGAGACGCGAUGUUUGACGUGCGAGACGGUGUCCUCGCGGGACGAGAGCUUCUUGGACUUGAGCAUCGACAUCGAGCAGAACUCGAGCGUGACGGCGUGCCUGCGGCAGUUCAGCGCGAGCGAGAUGCUUUGCCAGAAGAACAAGUUCUUCUGCGACAGCUGCUGCGACUUGCAGGAGGCGGAGAAGCGGAUGAAAAUCAAGAAGCUGCCUAAUAUUCUGGCGUUGCACUUGAAGCGGUUCAAGUACCAGGAGGACUUGGGGAAGUACAUCAAGCUCGCGUACCGCGUCGCGUUCCCUCUCGAGCUUCGCCUCUUCAAUACUGUGGACGACGCUGAAAACCCAGAUCGGCUGUACGAAUUGUUUGCUAUAGUCGUGCAUAUCGGAAACGGGCCACACCAUGGUCACUACGUGACGAUUAUCAAAGCCCACGGGAUGUGGCUGCUCUUCGACGAUGACAGCGUGGACGUCAUCAAAGAAUCCGACAUUCCGAGGUACUACGGCGAGUCGACGAACGGCUCCGCAUACGUCCUCUACUACCAGGCCGUCGACCUCGACAUGGCUGCCCUCGGCCUGAAGAACCCCGAGCCGGCGCCCUCAGCGACAGACAUGGGUUCCGCCCCCGCAGCGAAGCCCGCCAACUCGGCCACCGUACCGGUGACGGGGUCGAGUGAAGUCGAUUUGGGCUCGCCGGCGUUGCCCCCAGGUCUGACGGAAGAAGACUCGUCUGAGCGGAGCGAGUCGAGCUCGCCCCUCCCCGCCACCCCCGCCUCUCAGCCCAUACCCCUCACGUCUGGUCAAACAAUAAAAGGGCCCUCGGUACCGCCGCUGACGAUACCGUCGUCGCAAACCAUGUCUGACCCGUCGACGCCCGUGCAGUCCACUUCGUUAGGGAGCAAUGGCAGCGGUGGCACUCUGAGCGGAUUGUUCAACACACUCCGGCACAGCCGCUCGGAGAAAGGGCCAGACAUCCGGAAGAGCUGGCUGAACGUCGAUUCGUCUCAGGUACCACCAGUGCCGUCGCUGCCGUCGCCGACCGCGAAGAAGCGCCCGCGCAGGCCGACCACGCAACGAGCGUGGCGAGCACAGCGGAGGGGUAUGAGAGCCCGAGCGAGCCGGGUAGCCCGUCGCUACACUAUAACAACGCAGCGAACGGCUCGAGCACGAGCACGGGGAAGAGCCCGGAGAAGAAGACGAGUGGCUGGUUCAAGCGGAAGAGCUCCCGCCUCGAGGUGUCGUUCAGCGGGACGACGUCCCCGUCUGCGGGUAAAGACGACGCCGCGUACGUGCGGGCGCAGACUGUCAAGGAGGGUGCGUCGGUCUCCCGCCGGGGGUCCACGUCCGCGGCUGCGUUCGGCUCUGCGUCAGGCCCGUCGAACGUACCCUCGGUAUUCAGUGGAUCUAUGGGAACGUUGUCGAUGACUCCUGCGCUUCCGCCAGCGGCCGUCCCAGAAUCGCCCGUGCAAGCACGGAAUGGGUUACCUGACCACAAGAAGUCCACGCCCGACUUGCCGAAGAGCAAGGUUAGCAGUCAUGACGUCGUCCACACUGGCUAGACUCCCGCGGAGACCGUCGACGGCAGGUGCGACGGUUGGUUCGAGCAGUUCGACGUGGACAGACUCCCAAGCUCCGCCGCUUCCACCUCUACCUGGUUCGUCGUAUCCUUCACCAGAGCGAGACGAUAAUGGGGAGCGGCAAAGGACGUUGUCGACUGGUGGUCAGCACGCGC